CUUAGUGAAGAUAUUGGAUAUGUGCUCUAUUCAGCAUUGGGUUCCUUCUACAUUCCCAGCUGUAUCAUGGUUUUCGUUUAUAUACGAAUUUAUUUUGCCGCCAAGGCGCGUGCGAGACGCGGCAUUAAAAAACAUCCGCGCAAAACAAACAACGAACAGGUUACCAGCUUUACCACCGCCAACAAAAAAGGUACCAUACCAAUGCCAUCCUCGAGUGCGGGGGCACUGCAAAAACACCAACAACACCAAAUAGCCACCAUUGAAACACCACCGAACAGUGCGGGAGCACUGCCAAUGCAAAUACCCACAGUUACCUGCGAUUUAGCCUCAGACAUUUCCACCUCCGAGGCGGCCGAUAUGGAACCCCAUCCGCUAAUGUAUCCCAGUGCGGGCGCUGGCAGUGCUGAGACAGCCGCAGCAGCGCUGGGCACAUCUGUACAUAGCAUAGAAACAACAAUAACAACGACGACAAACAAUUCAACACCCAAUUGUAAAGACUCAGCGGCCUCGUUAAGGGUGAGUACAAUAGCAACGGGCCAUGGGGCCCUUAAUGUACCCGUACCGCCUUCAAUGGCGGGCAACAAUAACGGCAGUACGGCAGCCCUUAACAACAACAAUAAUGGCACCCUGCCCAGCACAGCGUCUUCGACAGCGACACUGACAGCCACCACGACGCUACUAAAUACAAAGCCAACAACGACAUUAUCCACAACUACCACCACAAAUGAACUGAAAGUCUCACCCAUUGCCGGGCGAUGUCGUGCCCUUUCGGUGGGCAUCGACACCGAUAUGGUAAGUGAAUUUGAUCCAUCAAGUUCCGAUUCGGGUGUGGUAAGUCGUUGUGCUGUGGUCAAACCGCUAAAAUUUCGUUUAUGUCAGCCUAUUUUUGGUCGCAAAUCCAAUAAUAGACGGCAGAACGAAGGCAAGGCGGCAGCGGGGGCCAAGGCCGAUGGUGGCGGUACUGCAUCAACAACGACAUCUUCCAAGGCGGAAAUUGUAAAAGCCGAACUGGAACCUGCCAUACCCAAGGUACAGAAACCCCGCGAUCCCGAAAAAGAAAAACGACGAAUAGCCCGUAAGAAAGAGAAACGGGCCACCCUAAUUCUCGGUCUGAUUAUGGGCUCGUUCAUUGCCUGCUGGCUGCCCUUCUUCUUCCUGUACAUACUGGUGCCAGCGUGUAGCAACCAUUGUCACAUACCCGAAUCGGCCUUUGCCAUUGCCUUCUGGCUGGGGUAUAUGAACUCGGCCCUGAAUCCGGCCAUUUAUACCAUUUUCAAUAAGGACUUCCGGCGGGCAUUUCGACGCAUACUAUUCAAGUGAUGUUUGGCCUAUGUGUGCUGUUAUCGGUGCGUUCAUGCCAGUAUCGAAAAGGCAACGGAACGUGCUAUGGGCAGCACACCCAUGGGUUACAAUAUGUAUCAUUAUCGACGUUAGAUUUGGUUAUUUGCU